GGCCCCUGUCUCCCGUUCUGUGGCCCCUGUCUCAAGUUGUGUGGCCCCUGUCUCCCGUUAUGUGGCCCCGUGUCCGGCUAUGCCGCUCCCCCGGGACGCGCUGUGCGGCCGCCGCUCCUGAUUGGCUGUUGCCAGGUAACGUGAUAAUGGAGCUGAGGCUGCUCUGCCGGGAUGUGUGCGCUCCAGUAGCAGAACAAAAGCUGCCGGAGGCGGGAUGCUGGCGGCGCCGGGACCGCUCAGAGCUGCCGUGUACCGUCACCGCCGCCCCCUCCCCGGCUUAGCUCGGCACGCUGGGUGUCAGGGAGGGAGACACGGCCGCUCCAUCACCGAGCUCCGCUCCUGCCAGGGCCGGCGCCGCUCACAGGCCGCAGAACAUCCAUAGCAACACAUUCCGCCGCACAGGAGGCGACAGAUGCAGCAGAGCUGAGCGAGUGCAACCAGAUCCCUGCUGACCGCAGUUGACGUUGCUGUAGCCGCUGGUUUUACUCUUCUACCGCCAGGAUGGAGAAUGAGACCCCAAGUUCCACCAGCAGCCGCCCGGCCAACCCCUCGGGAGCAGCGUCCAGCGGGAUCCCAGACCGGCAGACAGUUCAGGUGAUCCAACAGGCUCUGUCCCGCCAGCCCAACACAGCAGCGCAGUAUCUGCAGCAGAUGUACGCAGCUCAGCAGCAGCACCUGAUGCUGCAAACCGCAGCGCUACAGCAGCAGCAGCAACAGCAGCACCUGAGCAGCGCGCAGCUGCAGAGCCUGGCCGCGGCCCAGCAGGCCAACAUAGCCGCCAGCAGAGCGCCCCCCGCAGUCAGCACUUCUCAGCAGACCCCACCCCAGCCACUGACGAUCAUCCAGCGUCCACAGACGAUCAGCUCCGCGCCCCCGACGUCCUCAGGGAUCGCUCAGCAGGCCGUGCUCCUUGGAAACACCGCGUCUCCGGGCCUGAGCGCCAACCAGGCUCAGAUGUAUCUCCGAGCACAGAUGCUAAUCUUUACUCCGACUGCCACUGUGAGCAGCAUCCCAUCUGAGGUCAGUGCAGGAACUUCCUCUCAGGUACAGAAUCUCGCUGUGCGAGGAGCAGGCGUCAGCCAAUCACAGCUUCCCAGCUUUACCACCGCCACAAGUAACCUCCUUCCAGUGACCUCCACCUCACAAACCAAAACCACAGGAAACCCACAAAGUGACACCUCAGCCAAGAGCACAGACAGCCGGGGGACAACAGGCCGGACCCCCGUCACAGCGCACCCCAUCAUUACUACAGCCUGCACCCCCCACCUCAUUCAGCCUCAGAAGCAGAUCCAGCCUCGCCCGUUGCUGCCCUCGGUCGGCUCUUCAGGGCAGCCUCUCAGCCAUCAGUGUCUCCCCUCUCCAGCCAUCACAUCCCUGACAGCGAUUGGACCCUCAUCCACUUGUGCUGAGACCAAUGGGCACAGACAGAGCCCCAUCACAAGCCACGCAGGACAGGAGGUCACCGUCCAGCCCAAGCUUCUCCCGGUCAGCUCCGCGGUCAUCCUGCAGAUUCCAGCCGCUCCCGGCACGAACCAUGCCGCAGCAGAGACCCUCUAUAAACACAGCUCAACCAUCAGUCCUUCUCUGGUGAAAGUGCAGCCGCCAGUGCCGGUUCAUGCAGCCGCCGUGUCCAUCACCAGAGCCCCAAACCCUUACCAGGCACAUGAGUCCGCUCACACAGGCGUGCCAGGCUCUGACUCUUGCCCUCCACUGGACAUGACAUCGGGAAAUGGUUCAUCGCCCAUUCCUGCCGCCGCCACCGGCAACACCCCUCAGAACGGUGAGAACAAACCGCCGCAGGCCGUGGUCAAACCGCAGAUCCUCACCCAUGUCAUCGAAGGCUUCGUGAUCCAAGAGGGAGCCCAGCCGUUCCCGUCACACAGGAGCAGAGUUGUCCUCGAGGUGGGGCGCUCUACUCUGCUCGUGAGCUCAAAGGAGAAGCAUCCGCAAGGACCAGCGCCGGAGAAACAGCCCCAACCGGACGCCAACGCGGCCAACACGACAACCGACUCCGAGAUGGAGGAGACCUUCAGAGCAGCCUCCAAAAAUGAAAGUGAUCCCCCUAAACUAAAGUGCGAGCUCUGCGGCCGAGUGGACUUGGAGUACAAAUUUAAACGUUCGAAGCGGUUCUGUUCUAUGGCGUGCGCAAAAAGGUAUAACGUGGGCUGCACUAAGCGCGUUGGCCUUUUUCAUCCGGAUCGCAGCAAGGUACAGAAACCCGCAGUAGUAGUAGUAGCUGCCGCCAAACCCCUGCGGCGGAGAUCACGGAAGAAUACCGCGCAGAGUCCCAGCGCAGAGGACACGAUGCAGAUGCCGGAACCCAUCACACCCAUUAGUGUGACGCCCCUGACUACGACUACAACCACCACCACCUCCAACCUCAAACACAGCAACAGCCAGGACUCCAGCCGCUGCUCUGACAACUCCAGCUACGAGGAGCCAUUAUCGCCCAUGUCUGCCAGCUCGUCCCUCUCCCGCCAGCGCCAUAAUGACCGGGGACUGGAGCUGACGGAUAUACAGGGGGGAGACCUGUUAACGGCGAACCACAACUUCUUACCGAGCGACCCCACUAAGUGGAACGUGGAAGACGUCUACAAGUUCAUCCGCUCCUUGCCAGGUUGUCAGGAGAUUUCCGAAGAGUUCCGCUCGCAGGAGAUCGACGGCCAAGCCCUGCUGCUCCUCAAAGAAGAUCAUCUCAUGAGCACCAUGAACAUUAAACUGGGGCCGGCGCUGAAGCUCUACGCCCGGAUCAGCAUGCUGAAGGAUUCCUAACCUGCUCAACCCCCUAGUGCAACGUCUGGACUGAAGGCCUGGGGGGGGGGGGGGGGGGGGGCGGCCACGUGCUCCUCCGGAGGGCCGAGAUUAUCUGCAAUGGGAUAACCACGAAUGGAUGGAGUUGGAACUGCGUUAUUUAUAGGAGUUUUCCCUCAUUUUAUAUAUUUUUAUGACCAAAUUCUCUAUUUUAUAAGGUUCCUCCAGUUUUUUCAGCAAAAAAGAAGAAAAAUGAAUUUGUAGAUUUGUAUCCGACCAACAUUUCAUUUAUUCGAAAACUUUUUGUUAAUUUUUUCUGGAUUUCGAUUUACAAGGUUCUUGGCUCCUUUCAUCCAGCGGUGAGGUCCCAGGUAGAGCCUUGCGCAUUUUUUUGUUUAAAUCCCGCUGUAUUUCUGACCAAUCCUUCCUGCUCCUGCAACGUAUGUGUCCAAUCCUGCCCGCUGUAUUUCUGACCAUUACUGCCCGCUCCCGCUGUAUUUCUGACCAUUACUGCCCGCUCCCGCUGCACUUCUGACCAUUACUGCCCGCUCACGCUGUAUUUCUGACCAUUACUGCCCGCUGUAUUUCUGACCAUUACUGCCCGCUCCCGCUGUAUUUCUGACCAUUACUGCCCGCUCCCGCUGUAUUUCUGACCAUUACUGCCCGCUCCCGCUGCACUUCUGACCAUUACUGCCCGCUCCCGCUGCACUUCUGACCAUUACUGCCCGCUCACGCUGUAUUUCUGACCAUUACUGCCCGCUCCCGCUGUAUUUCUGACCAUUACUGCCCGCUGUACUUCUGACCAUUACUGCCCGCUCCCGCUGUACUUCUGACCAUUACUGCCCGCUCCCGCUGUAUUUCUGACCAUUACUGCCCGCUCCCGCUGUAUUUCUGACCAUUACUGCCUGAUUAAGGUGUGUUCCACUCUUGCAACGUUUGUCCACAUGGUCUAACCAUUACCGACGUUCCCGCAAGGUGUGUUCAGCUCCUGUCACAUGUGUCCAAUUCUGCGCGCUCAAGCCACGAGUCCACUCCCGCUAUAUUUCUAGCCACUACCACAAAGUGCGUUUUCUGCUCCUGCAACAUGUGUACAAUCCGUGUUCUGUUCCCGCAAACAUUUUGUCACAGCUUUUAGAAAUAAUACCCCUCCUGCCAUUUCAUCAUCCCUUGUGCCAUGUCAUCAACCUCAGCAGGAUUUGGCGGGACCCGCUAUAUGUUCGGUGACUGCCCGCUCCCUCCCCCAACAACCUUAUUACCGCCCGCAAGUUUUUCUUUUUUUAUAGGACCAGUGAGAUCCCUUUUCCGAUGCAUUGCUCUAGUCUCUGGGAUUAGAGGUAGAAGGACGCAGAGCAACGGCGGCGACUGGUCCCAUCGUCUUCUCCUUCAUUAUAGCGGACAUUGACUGAAUAGCUGCAAGGAAGCAUUUCUGGCCUCACGCUGGACACCACUGAUGGUCACGACUCCUCUCUACAAUGCCGAAAGUAGACGACCAUGUAUGAGACCUCUACACCUCCUGAUACUGUAAGACCACGUCUAACAGCUGUAUGGUGGGCCCUCAAUAACAGGGGGACCCCAGUGCAGCCUCUCUGACCUCUCACGUGCACAGCAUUCACACGUUCUCCACUGGGUGCUGGUACGAUCCAUAGCGGUCACAUUGAGCGGUCUACCCUCAUCUACGGCCCCGGACCCUUCUCCGUAUUACAUUUCCAGAGCUUGGGCUGUAUUUUAUAUAUUAUUUUUUCAUGCUAUUAGACUAAUCCUUUCAGUAUUUCUCAUAGCCAAAAAAACCAUUACCAGGAAGACACUCACUUGGCACUGCCCACCAGCCAUACCUUCUCUCCAGCCCGGGCAGUGUUCCUGUGCACUACAGAUAAAACGUCUACUACUGUGAUGGCCCCCGGGGGGAUGGGAUCUAUGGUGCUAGGUUAUAAAGUCUGUGUUAUCUUUAUUUUAUAAAUAAAGUUGCAGUUGUAUUAAUAAUAUGUCGUGUUGGCCACGUGUUCUGAAGUCUU